CGCGGUUUCGUAGCGAACAGCCGUCAUGCGGUCAUUUGUGUUUUAUUUGGUCGCGUUGUUCGCGCUAUUGAGCGAUGUCCAGCCCGCACGCAUCCUUGGUUUAUUUCCCCACACAGGCCGAAGCCAUCAAAUGGUUUUCGAGCCAUUACUUAAUAAAUUAGCAGAGAGAGGACAUGACGUCCAUGUAGUAUCCUUCUUCCCUUUAAAAAAUCCACCGGCAAACUACACAGACUAUAGCUUGGAAGGAAUAUCACAACUUGGAUUGGAGUCUGUGAACCUGGCUCUAUUUGAGAACCCUAAUCCAGUGAUGAAGCUGUUAGGACUUGACACGUUGCUAUUUAAAGUGUUUGCAUUUUGGCCUUUGAACGAAUUUGCAAUUAAUACCUGCAUGAAGUCAAUGGAUUGGCCAGCGGCGAAAGAAGCGUUUAGCCAACAAUAUGAUUUGAUUAUUGUGGAAUAUUUUACUAGUGAUUGUAUGGUAGGUCUUGCACAUGUGUAUGGUAUCAAAGCGCCCAUAGUGGCAGUAUCUUCUAGUGAUUUACUGCCAUGGGUACCGGACCGUCUCGGCUUAAAUGACAACCCUGCAUACGUGCCACAAUUGACCACUUAUUUUACGACGAAAAUGAAUUUCUUUAAUCGGAUGGAGAACACGUUACUGAGUGUAUAUUAUAAAUACUGGUUCCGACGUAUGAUUCAAGAAAAAGAACAAGAGAUAAUUGAAAAGCAUUUUGGUAGAAGAAUCCCGGAUUUACAUGAUUUGGCAAAAAAUUUAUCGUUGAUUAUUGUCAACACACAUUACACGGUUAAUGGAGUACGACCGUCGUUGCCGGGCGUAAUAGAAGCGGGGGGAAUGCAUUUAGAUCAUACCAGGAAGCCAAUACCUCAUUACAUCGAACGUUUCCUAAACGAGUCAAAAGAAGGGGUUGUCUUACUGAGUUUUGGGUCCCUCAUCAAGACUGCAACUUUGCCAAAGUACAAGGAGCAGAUGAUCGUGAACGCUAUGUCCAAACUGAAACAGAGAGUUCUGUGGAAGUAUGAAAAUAGUGGAGAAGAAGGCACCUUGACUGGAAACAUCCUGAGAGUGAAGUGGAUACCCCAAUACGAAUUAUUACAGCACCCCAAGGUUCUUGCCUUCGUGGCCCAUGGAGGUCUUCUUGGCAUGACUGAAGCCAUAUCAGCGGGCAAGCCGAUGGUGGUAAUGCCGUUUUUCGGUGACCAGCCCACCAACGGCGCGGCGGCUCAAGAAGUUGGUUUAGCCAAAGUCGUCCCUUACGCAGAACUUAGUGAAAAGGCCCUCUUUGAAGCUUUACAGGACGUUCUAAGCGCUGAAAUGCGUGUAGCUGCUCGUCGCAUUUCCGAAAUGUGGAAGGACCGCCCGACAAAACCUCUGGACACAGCGGUCUACUGGACAGAACGUGUCAUCAGAUGGGGCCAUCAAUCUCCUCUACAUUCUUCAGCCCGAGAUAUGACUUUCAUUCAGAAAUCUUUAUUAGACGUCGCUGCCGCCUUUAUGAUUAUUGUUAUUGUUUUACUAUUCGUCUUCAAGUUCUUAUUAUCUUUAGUACCUAGGUUGUUAACAUCGGGUGGUAAGCAGAAAUUGCAUUAAGACAUAAUGAAAUGUGAUAUUGUAUAGAAAUUAGUUGGAAGAUAAAUGUUAAGUUUUAUUUGGCAUCCGUAGGUCCCCAGGGAUUAGCGCUGUGGGCGUUUGAGGGUGGCCAAUUUAGGAAAAUUAAAUGAUCUUAUGUAAAUCGGUUUCCUAGUACCGUCGUAGUUAAUCAAAUUCAUUGUUCCGGUACACAUAAUACACGAAAUUCUCUAGUUUGAGACCGGGUAAUCUGUGUCAAGCACAUUACUAUAAUAACAUUAGUUUAUUUUUGAGCCGUGUUAUUUAAACCAAACAACCAUACAAUAUCAGGCCAUGAUUAACUGGUUAGUGCUUUUGAUAAUUUUUACUACAUUCCCAAAUAUAUGGCGUAACUUUGUAUAAUAGUUAAUAACAAAUAUAUAUUGUUGUCAUUGACCAGUACAUAGAUAUCGUUGAUUACUCUCCUUCAAUUUUGAAUGGCACUUGACACUCUUGGCGUACCUCCAAAGGUAAACGUAACAGUGUAAAUUAGAAAACGCAUUAACGAUCACCAGCUCAAAACGUGAUAAAAUAUCUAAAUAGAAAAAAAGGAUGCCUUACUACAGCUGAAUGGAGUAUGGCCAAUUUUUCAUGAAACCGCUAAUUUCAUUGCGUUGUAACAGAGAUUCUAUAGUAAAAGUUAGAUGUUACAAAUAUAUGAAUACCAUCUUCCCCCUCGAAACUAACUGUAGUAACUAGCAUUAGGGUGCAACCACAUUUAUAAACGCGGAAUCGGCUUGAGUUGAGUCGGGCAUAAAGUUUGUAACCAUGCAGAAAAUGCUAUCGGGUGACUUCAGCAAAACAUGUCGGCAGUCGCAUUUCGCCAAGACGCACGUGCUGGGGGUAAUUCAAUACCUACCUAACAUUAUUAGUGGCAUACCACGGAUACUUCGUGUCCAUAAUAAGAUUCGGCAUUAUCUUCUUUGCUUCGUGUUCUAGAUUAGAAAUAAACAUUUGUAGCAUCACAUACAGUACAGCCAAUACGCACUGAAUUUUGAAAUAUAA